CCGCUCGAAUUUAACGUUGUUCUGCCGUGCACCCAGGCGCUUUGCGUUUCGGAACGGUAGUGGAUGAACCUUGAACACUCGUGUAACAGAUCGUUUUAAAAGUCUUCGUGACACUUGAGCAGUGAGGCCGGACUCAGAAGUGCAGUGACUGGCAGUGACUGUUGUUGAGUGCAGUGAUGAGGCCACCAUCGGAAUUGGAUAGCAAUACGAGGAUGCCUGCUGAGGCGGAAGAAGUUGAUCCACGGGCUCCUGCCAUGAUGAUCUGCGCCAGGUUAGCCGGGCGAGCUAUCAUUAGGGUCGUAGCCCGGUGUGAAGAUGCUCAAGAGAAUAGUCAGCUUGAUCUGUCAGAAUGCCAGUUGAUGCAGAUCCCAGAUGCAGUGUACCACCUUAUGCGACACACAGAACUGAAAACCUGUGAUCUCAGUGGCAAUGUGAUCACUAAGAUUCCACCAAAGUUUGCUGUUAAAUUUAAUUUCAUUACAGAACUCAACCUCUCGAACAACCAAAUGGCGAAACUACCAGACGAGCUAUGCACACUUGCAUGCUUGCAGCGGCUUGACAUCUCUCACAAUACCUUUGUGGCCCUACCUUACAUCGUAGCGCAGUGUCCUAGUCUACAAACAGUACUUGCACAUCACAAUCAGAUCAUUGAAAUUGAUGUUGACAGAUUGGCUAGAUCUCGAGCCUUAGAGUAUGUAGAUCUCAGUGACAACCCCAUUCCCCCGCGAACACUUGAAGAACUGAAGCAGCUAACGCGACCUAUAGUUUCCGUUUCCGAAAGAGAAAAGGAAGACUGGGAAGAGGAUAUUUUGAUAUAAGGAAAUCUGCUCUCUUUGAACUUUGCAUUCAGGGCCUGAUGUAGUUUAGACUGCUGAACUAGCCCUAACUUAGCUGUGAUCUAUCUCUGUGAAAAAACGGCAAUAUCAUAAUAAUUCAUGUUGUGAAUUGUACGUUUUUGCGACAACCUGAGUCGCAUUGUCUUAGCUUAAAUUACGAGAGAACGUUAAUUUUUCUUGAUGUGCUCAAAUUAAUUAUUGGUUGGGUACUUAAUAUAACUCAAUAUGAAAGUAUUUACAUUAUUAAUUAACAAACACAUUAAUUAUUUUGGCUUACUUAGCUGUAAAUUUUAUGGAUUUUUUUGGACAAAAUUAAUAUUUCAUUACGUACCUACUACUGUUUUUAAGAUUUGAUGAGAUUGUGUUAAUAUUGUCACUGUUUAAAUACUAGUCCAUCGUGAUUAAUAGUGUGUUUUUAGUUUUACAAAAAUGAAAGGACCUGUGAGUUUUAGAAUGGUUGUUAUUUUAUAAGAAAUCAGACUGAAUCUUUGGGAAUCAAUAGAACAAUUGAUAACCACAUUUAUGUUCUUCAUAGUAAUUUUAAUGCCUAUUGUUUAAUGCAAAUCAACGUUAAUACAAAGUAUGAACUCAAAGAAAAAUGCCUUCGACCUGACCGGACCUGAGCCAGCAGACCUUACGAAUUUCUCUAAGUGUUUGUUACAGAUCUUUUUUAUUGGGUUUUACGGCUUUUAACGCCGUAAGCGGUCGCCCUGGUUUGGCACAGUCGUAGGUCCUGUCCUGUUCGACCUUUGUAUUAAUAAUUAUAACAAACUAGUGGAGUAGUUUCACAAAAAAAUGAAAUUAAUAUCAUCAUGAUAUUCAAUAAAAAUCAAUAUAACAAAAAGUACAUCGUUGAAACACUAGCACAUGGCACUGUAGUAGUGUGUAGUGUUUAUCUAACCGAUUGUAAAAUUAAGGACAUUGCCCAAAGAUAAGUGACUGAUGG